AUGGAUACCUUCACCGAGCCCUACCCGUCUGCAGCAGAGGGCCUCCCCCUCCCCAAGGUCCGCGAGCAUGUUCGCAUGCUCGAGCAGCAGCACACAGCCCGUGGUCAGCCCCUCUCAGGCCGCAUCGUCCACGUCUGCCACUAUCUCCCACUCGUCCCCUCUCUCCGCCGCCAGUCCACCAACCCAGAAGAGCAAGGCGUCCUCUCGCCUCCCCCCACCCCACCCACUUCCCACCCUGACGUCCCUCCAAGCCCCUCCGCCGACGUUCCCCCGCCCGCACCGUCCCAGACGACCUUGGAGGGCGGCGCGACAUGGAAGCUCGCGCCCAGAUACGGCCACGCUGCCAUGUUCUCGGGGAUCCGCUCCCUCGGCGCGACGCACGAGCAGCUCAUCGUCGGCUGGACCGGCGACAUCGCCCUCGCCUCACCCUCUUCCCCCUCCUCCUCUUCAUCCCAGGACGCGCCGCGCGCACCUGGAGACGGUGCACCCGCGAGCCCAGACUACGAUGACGACGACGCCCCCAAACAGGUGUCCAGCGCCUCCGUCACCCCCGACGAGCGGCGCGCGCUCGAGGACGCUCUCACCGCGCACGCUGCAGAGGAGGAGCGCCGCGAGGGCAGCGAGGACGGCAGGGCCGUGCAUAAGCUCACGUAUGUGCCUCUCUGGCUCGACGACAAGGUCGCGCACGGCCACUACGACGGGUACUCGAAACAAACUCUUUGGCCGCUGUUCCACUACCUGCUCUGGCAGGAUGUCGCGACCGAGUACGCUAGUGCGGAUCAAUACUGGAGCGCUUACGAGCAGGCUAAUCAAGUCUUCGCCGAUCGCCUCGCAGAGGUGCUCCGCCCAGGUGACCUUGUCUGGGUCCACGACUACCAUCUCCUGCUCGUCCCCAAGAUGAUCCGUGAGGCGAAGCCUGAUGCCCUGAUCGGCCUCUUCGUGCACACCCCGUUCCCCAGCUCGGAGAUCUUCCGCUGUCUUCCCCGCCGCCGCGAGAUCCUCGACGGCAUGCUUGGCGCCAAUCUCGUCUGCUUCCAGACCUACGCCUACUCACGGCACUUCAUCAGCACAUGCGUGCGCGUCUGCGGGUACGAGACAGCCGUCACACAGGGCCCAUCCUCCGCCUCCGCGCGCUCGCGCCGGCACUCCCCCGAGGGCUCGCGGUCGCGCAUCUCGUCGCCCGUUAUCACGGGCAACACGCUCACGCUCGGCUCUGGCCCUGGCGCCGGCGGGUCGCAGAUCAGUGUGCAGAGCCAUGGCGGCGGCGGGCAUUCGCCGAGGCCUGGGAUGCGUAGGAGCGAUACGAACACGUCGUUGGCGAGUGUCGGUGCGGGGAGGAGCGCGGCUGCGAGUCCGGCGCGGCGUGCUGGGAGGAUGAUGGGGUCGAAUAGGGAGGUGGGGAUCGAUGUGCAGGGGCAUGUGGCGCUCGUGAGUCACUGUGCGGUCGGGGUGGACGCUGAGCGGGUGGCGAGGGAUACCCUGCGCCCUGGUGUUCUGCCGAAGCUCGAGGCACUGCGUGCGCUGUACGCGGACAAGAAGAUCAUUGUCGGGCGGGAUAAGCUGGACGUUGUCAAGGGCGUGCUUCAGAAGCUCCGCGCGUUCGAGAAGCUGCUGCAGGACUACCCCGAGUGGCUCGGCAAGGUCGUGCUCAUCCAGGUGACGUCGCCCGCGCUGACGGACUCGCCGAAGCUCGAGCGGCAGGUGUCCGAGAUGGUCGCGCACAUCAACGGCGAGUACGGGAGCUUGGACUUUAUACCCGUGCACCACUACCACCAGACGCUGAAGAAGGACGAGUUCUACGCGCUCCUGUCUGUCGCUGAUCUCGGUGUGAUCACGCCGCUGCGGGACGGGAUGAACACGACGUCGAUGGAGUUUGUGAUCGCGCAGCAGCGCACGAAGCGCUCGCCGCUCGUGUUGUCUGAGUUUAUGGGUAUAUCGCAGCACAUGGCCGAGGCGCUGCAGGUGAACCCGUGGGACAUCGACGGCGUGGCAGCGGCGAUGAACCGCGGGUUGCUGAUGGACGCCGCGGAGAAGGAGGCACGCCACGCGGCGCUGCACCGCGUCGUGACGACGCACACGUCGCACACAUGGGCUGCGCUGCUGGCUAAAAUGCUGCUCGCGCGCACGAGCGGGCAGAAUACAGCCAGGAUGACGCCGUUUGUGCCCAAGGAGCAUCUCGAGGCGCACUAUGCGCGCGCGCGGAAGCGGCUGUUCUUGUUUGAUUACGAUGGCACACUGACGCCCAUCGUGAAGACGCCCUCGAUGGCCGUCCCCUCGGAGGACGCGCUGACCGCGCUCGCAAGGCUCUCGGCCGACGAGCGCAACAUCGUGUACAUCGUGUCCGGGCGCGACCAGGAGUUCCUCGAGCAGCAUCUCGGGCACUUUGAGCGGCUGGGCAUGAGCGCGGAGCACGGCGGGUUUAUCCGCGAGCCCGGCGCGCGCCAGUGGGUGAACUUUACGGAGAGCCUCGAUAUGAGCUGGAUGGAGGAGGUUGCGGAGAUUUUUAGGUAUUAUACCGAGCGCACGACAGGGUCGCACAUCGAGAUGAAGAAGUCGUCCAUCACGUGGCACUACCGCGCCGCGGACCCCGAGUGGGGCCAGUUCCAGUGCCGGCAGUGCCAGGACCUGCUCGAGAACAAUCUCGCGCACAAGCGGCCGAUCGAGGUGCUCGUGGGCAAGAAGAACCUCGAGGUGAGGCCGCUGGCGGUGAACAAGGGGGAGAUCGUGAAGAGGAUAUUGUAUAAGAAUCCGGAUGCGGAGUUUAUUUUUUGUGCGGGGGAUGAUAAGACGGACGAAGACAUGUUCCGCGCGCUGCACCUCUUCCCGCCGGGCCUGGAGCCAGGCGAGAAAGCGACGAUGGAGGCGCCGCUCAGCGUCACGCUCAUCGAGCCGCCGCCGCCGCCGCACGACGAGGACGACGAGGAGCCGGACACGACCGUCGAGCUCUCCGUCGCGCGCGAGGCCGUGUUCACCACCGCCGUCGGGCACUCGUCCAAGCGCACGCUCGCGAGCUGGCACGUGACGACGCCGGAGGAGGUCGUCGAGCACAUGCUGUUCCUCGUCGGGGAGACGCCCAGCCGCGCGCAGACGCCGCCUGGAGGCGUUGAGGGCGGGGAGGAUGUGGAAGGGGGUGUCGAUGGCGAGGUCGAUGUGCUGACGACGCCGGUGCCGGAGAGCAGGGUGCCUGCUGCGCUGGCCAAGGUCGCUGAGGAGACGGACAAGAAGGAGCAGAAGAGCAGCCUGUGA